AUGUGGGAUCGCGAAUUAGGCACGUGGUAUGAGCACCAGCAAAAAAGUGAGCCGUCGUCCAUCUACGCUCGGGGAGCGACGUGGAUCGAGCGGAGGCAACUACUUCGUUCGUCGUUGACACCUCUUGGGAAUGCUCAAAUUGACGCAUUGCACACUAUUCUCGUGGUCAUUAUGAAGCGCAUCGUAACCGUCUUGCGCGAGAUCCGCCAGUUUGAGCAGUUUGAGAUGCUUUCGACUGACGAGAUGAGGCGGAAGUGUCGUCUGAUCCACACCGUGAAUGCCGAUCCGAACAGCGAGUAUAUCGGCCGUACAUUGGAGAAGCUAUCGCUCGACGUGCGAAGAGAGAUUGUAGUAGGCUUGGAAAAUGAGCUUUUGGAUUUGGCAGGAGUGAAAGACAAACCUGAUGAUCCCAAACCUGGUACACCUAGGGAGGAGUGGAUGCAAAUACGUUCGAAGCGGCAACAACUUCUUCGCGAUCAUGGUGACUUCUUUAUGUCGGAUCAAACGAGUACUUCGAUUCUCUCAGUCCCAAAAAGCUUCACGGGCAAAGGAAUCAUUGCUUGGAUUCUGCGUGAGCCCACUGUGCUGUGGUCAGACGAAUGGAGAAAUGCAUUGUGCGCUGCAGGUUUUGUGGAAAACGUCACUCCAGGAAUUGUAGCUUUGGCUGACUUGGGUAAGCGACAAGUUCUAAUGGAGAACAAGGCGGACCGCUUCUACCGAUUGCAUGAAGUCGAUAUGUGGAUUGAGAAGCUGCCGCGCGAGAAGAGUUUAUUCCCCUUGGACCUCACUGAAGAGACUUCGCAAGUUGUGGAAAAAUUGUUGUGGAACUGGAAGUAUUGCCUAUUCAUUCCAGGUCGUAGGCAAUUGUAUCUUUACGAACAAGAAACCUCCACAUACCCGAUGGCCUUCAUUGACAUGGCUAGUGCUGCCUGCAAAGUAGCUUACCACGUCACAAGCGAUGCAAAAGGCGGGUGGCUAGACAUUAAAAACCCCACUGUAUACAAACGGAAGCCGGAUUCGCAAGACUACGUUCCUGCCACCACAGAAGCACUCGACGAAAUGGCGCGAGUUCGAGAAAAGGGAGAAAGGGUGAUUGAGUUCAAGACGCAGAAUACUCAGAAGUGGAUCCGUGCGCUUGCACGAGCAGGUGUUUGUGUUGAGGCGUUUCCGGGCCAGAGGGUACUCAUGAAGCGGCUAAACCCCGUUGUUCUGCAGCAGAAGUGCAACAAACAUGCCACAAGAUUUAAGCCUAACGACCUUGACGGAAGUUUCCAUCGCCUGCUGAAUCGUCUAUUUGGCCACGACAGAGAGUUGUCGUAUGAAGAUCACGAGAGGGAGAGGCGAGAACAGCGUGCGCAAUUGCGAAGUGAACUGAAGAAGGCAGGCGCCGAAGGUGACGUGGUGAUGGCGUAUUAUGGUAAAGGCAAGCAGUUGAAGUCCAAGCCAAAGUACAGCGGAAACUACAAGAACGGCUCGCUAUACUCCGCGCGUAUUCUUCGUAUUCGCACUCCCUUCACGGAAGAACAUUACCCGAUCAAAACGAAAUAUGACUUGAAGGACAAAGAGAUGGUUCCGCAUGAUCUCACCAAGCUCUUAGCCAAGUACAAGGUGUCUGACCAGGCAUCUUGGAUGACUUUGCCGAUGUCCCAGCGUGACAUGUUUUUACUUUACGAUGUGGAGUACAGCCAUGCCAACGAACGAAUUGUCGAAGUAGGGCUGAUGCGGGAGCACGUUCGGAUGAAUGAAGGAGACCUGGACCCUCAAAAAGUGAGUGACAAGUGCACAGAUCUCAACAUUAUGUUCAAGGCUACGGAUCUAGAGAACUGUGUUUCUCGAAUGCUGAAGCACCGCUACCGCCACAAGCCACUAGGAAUUCUCAAAAUUCCUGUCACAAUGAUUUCGCCUCACCGCACCAUCGACGCGUGGUAUCCGCUUGGGCCUGCCAACGACAUGCUUCAGAAAACCGGACUUGGCCAGAUCAGAGUGGAGCUCAAACGUAAGCAAGCUCCGUUUGCAGAAGGACAUGAGCCAUCGUUUGUGAAGGUUUCGAUUUUGGAGGGGCGAAGUCUACAAGUAGCAGACCUCUUUACAAGCGACCCUUUCGUGGAGAUCGUCUUGUUAGGUGAAGAAGACUCGAAGGAGCAUGACACGGGCCUGAAAACGGACAUCAAGAUGAGAACACUCAAUCCAACUUGGGAGAACCAAGAGUUCCUGCUGGGCAAGACUGAAAAGACUAAGCUCAGUGGUAAGAAGGGAAUAAUGCUGCGCGUGAUGGACUACGACGCAACCUCGGCGAAUGACCCGUUGGGUCGUGUGAUUCUUGAGUUCCAACGAAGCGAGGCGGGGUACAUCAGGGGAGUAACGAUGAAGCACUCUGAUACUAUGGGCGAGAAUGUGACGGAAGAGUUGAAGCUGGACAAGGGUAACCGAGUUGUCGUAGAAGCGAAGCUUCUUCCUUGUUCAGCCCCGGAAUUUUCAAAGCGGCAAAAGAAGAAAGCGCCUAAGCCCGAUGGAUUGCUAGGAAAGUUGCGGUUUGUGUACACUUGCUAUUUCCAGCCCCACGGCGAAGGCGGUCUGCGAAUUCAGUACGCCCCAGCCUCCGAAGACCUUGGAGAAGCGUAUAAAAUUCUUGGUCGCACGUACGACUUAGCGAAAGUCGACUAUCUCACCGUGCGCUUGGUUUCUGACUCGACUGGAAGGGUAUUGGAGGGACAGCUGGGCAAAUUGGACAAGAAAUCCGAGCGUAAGUCGGACGACAAGGAGGAAAAGCCAAAGUUGUCACUGAGAAACCCGCUGCAGCGCGCAAGUUUUCGCGAUGAAACGAUCGUUUUAAUCGACCAAGAGAACCCCAAGCAGAAGGUGACUUUGACCUUCGAUCUAAACUUGAUUGGAAUCCUUCGAGCGGACCGUGUCAGACGAAUAUUGGCUGAUACUUUCCGCAUGGCCGGACUCUCGUUUGAUUCGCGAACAUUUAACAGUGGGCGAUACAACCCUGAUGAGGUUCUUACGCAGGAGUUGCUCACUCAGGUGAGAGUCAUGAGCCAAGCGACAAAGCUUCACUGGAAAGUCACGCCUCAACUUUUGGCUUAUGUGUUUGAAAUCGUCUUUUCGGCUGGAGAGAGGGAUCGUCUAUCGUAUGCCGAUGCAGUUGCUUUGGACGAUGUGCUCAAUCGAUGGUCGCGCAUAUUGUCUCAUGUGAACGAGGCGAAAGACUAUAUGACUGGGAAUUUGCACGGCAUGAAGACCCCGCGUCUGCUAGAAGCGCUUUUCAUGGAGUGCGAAGUAACUGCUCAGGUGCCACUCCUCAAAUGUGCUGGCGUGUUGGUGGAUGUGAGGCUUAGUAAUGAUGAGAUUGUAGCUGCGAUGAUUGUCAAGGAGUAUGGAGACGACCGCUACGAUGUCAAAUUAGUUUUUGUGGCAGACGCAGCAUUCUUGGGUGCAACUUUCAGCUCAAGUUUGCAUUGCACGAACCCAUUAGCUCCAAUGGAUACGGGGAAUGAUCUUUGGUGGGGCAGCGAAAAAGCCUUAGCCGUAUACGCUAUCCUUCCUGCGCCAGUGAAAUCUAUUCAAGCACGCCACCCGACGACGAACUCGCUCAUCCAGGGAUUCCUUACCGAGAAGAAUGAAAAACAGUCGGGUUUCCUCGGCCAAUACCAUGGAUUUGUGAAGGGAGAAAGCUUGGAUAAAAAUGAGGUGGAGCGGCUGGAGACGGUGUACACUGCAGCAUGCAAACGG